AAUCACAAUAAUUUAUUGGGAUACCUGCUUCAAACCUGUUGAAAUUUUGUACCCAACAAACUUAAAUGUUGUAGUUGUUGAUGUAAGGGAAAUAAACUGAUUUGUCUGAGUAUUUGUGUCUGCUUAUUGGAAUAAUUUUAGGUUGUUUGUAUAUUUUUAUUAUUAAUGCAGUGACAAAAUGGCGGAAAAAGAACAAGUAAUUCAAGCCCUACGUGCAACAUUACUAUCAGUCAAAGGUGCACUAACUCUGAAACAGUGUAAUCGUGAUUAUAAAGAACUACAAGGAGAAUGGAUACCAUUCAAAAAAUUGGGCUAUCCGUCAUUAGAAAAGCUUUUUUUGGAUGUGUCAGGUUUUAAAGUAUCCCAAGUUAACGGGGAAUGGUAUGUAGAUGCAAUAGCUAGUCAAGAGACCCAACAUAUUGCUGCUAUGGUAGCUCGUCAAAAACCAAGCAAAAAGUCAGGCUCUAAAGUAAAUUACUUGAAUCGAUUACCAAAAAAGCAAGGAAUAUGGAGGAAGCCAGCUUCAAACAAUACAUUAAAUUAUGGAAGUCAGUAUUCCAAUCAGUACUAUAGAGCAAAAAGUGGAGCACCACUUAAUAACAACUCUUACAACAACUACAAGAAUGUCAAACAUAACAACACACAUAAAACGAUCGAAACGAAAAAUAAUAGUACAAUUCCGAAACAGCCAACGAAAACAGCAACGACUGAAUACUCAGAAAAUACCGCAACGAAAAGUUCUGCUCAGCUUCCACAAUUACGAAGUCAUAGCUCUGUUUCUGAAGAGCAUAAACAAUCUGCACGAACAGGCAAAGACAUUGAAAAUAAAAGUAGCGGAAAAGUUUCUGCGUCACAGAGGCUCUCGAAUUUACGGGAUCGUCUUAGCACUGUUGAUCUGAUACCUCUACAAUUGCCAGCAGCUAAUAAUGAAAUUGUUCAAAACAACAGUGACCCGGUAACGAAUGUGGUGCCGGCCCAUAAAUUGGAGGCUCCCCCAGACUGUACGUCCUCAGUAGCGAAACUUGAGUGGACAUGUAGAAAGCUAGGCCUCCCGUCUCCCGUGUACAAAGUGCAGAAUAUUGGACCGAAACGGGGCCCUGCCAGCUACGACAGCACGGUGAAAGUCGGCGCGUCAUACGUCGCGAUGUCUUAUCCGAAUUCUUCGCCUUCCGAAGAACUGGCAAAAGAAGUGGCAGCCGUAAAAUUACUUGAACUAUUGGAAAGUUCUGAAACUGAAGGAGUACCCACUUCGUCACCAACCAAAGCUAUGUCAUCCCUCGUUGACCUUGUGUCGGAACAUGAAGCUGGACUUUGGGCUAGUACUGUACCUUUUCUUUACAGAAAAAAAUAUGGCGAAAAUUUGCCUACUGACUGGCAAGAUCUUGUGGAAAAUUGUCCUUUCAUCGUGAUAGAUAGGGUUGCUAACGGACUCUCAGUUCUUCUUCUCGCCAAAGAGGGAUCAUUACCAUUACCCGUGGACACGAGUGUGUUCGAUGAAGCCAUCGAAAGUGACCUGCCACCGUUACAAUUUCCCGAGGACGAUUUUUGGAACGUUUUCAUCACGGUCGCUAAUUCUACGUUAGAAAUUUGGUUACGAAUAAUAGGACCUCAAUAUAGUGAUGCUUUUGAAACACUCCUAGCAGAUAUGGCAAAAUACUACGAUAGCUCUGGCACUGCAGUUGACAAAUCUAUGAUUAUAAGAGACGCUUGGUAUGCGGUCAAUUUGGACGACGGCGGCUGGCAACGAGCCAAAAUAAUGGACUUCGAUGAAGAAACAGCCUCCGUAUUUUUAGGAGACCACGGAGACGACGACGUCGUGGCUUUAAAUAAAAUUAGAAUUCUAGAUUCUAAAUUCAGGAAAUUACCCCCGCAGGCGAUCCUUUGCCGACUGGAAGGCGUGGAGGAGCUGGCGGCGAGCGCGGCGGCGGCGGAGCUGGUGCGGCGCCGACUGCCCGGGGAGGUGCUCGUGGCGGCGCCCGGCGCCCGCACCGACCCCACCGACCCCUCCAUCGCGCUCGUGCUCUACGACACCUCCACGCAGCGCGACCUCAACCUCAACAAGGAGAUCGUGCACGACUUCUGCAUUUCCGGCGCCUUUUCAAUCACGCAGAAGCCGUGCGAGGUGGAGGUGAAGUGCGUGACGGAGGAGGGGCGCGUGUGGGUGUCGGCGGCGGGCGGCGCGGACACGGUGCGGGCCGCGCUGGCGCUGCUCACGGCGGGCCCGUACCGCCGCCAGCUGCCCGCCGCGCCCUUCGCGCCCUCGCCCAACGCCGCCACGCUCUACAUCGUGCGCACGCUCGCCGGCGACUGGGUUCGCUGCACUAUUAUAAGCGGCCUGGACGGCGAGGGCACAGUGCGAACGCAACUCGUCGACAGCGGCCUUAUCCUGCGGGCUCCCCUGUCGUCGUUGGUUCCCUUGCAGACCUUUUCGCCGGCUCUCAACGCCUAUCCAUUUCAGGCGAUGUUGGUCCGCCUGGGCCACGCCGAGCGCGCGGCGGCCGCCAUGGUGAGCCGGCUGCGCGAGCUGGUGCUGGACCAGCGCGUGCUGUGCCGAGCGCUCCCCGGCACGGGCGCCGCGUCGUCCGCGCCGCACGUCGAACUGUUCGUCCGCACGGAGCCGCAGAACAUGCUCGCCUCCGUCAACAACGACAUCUUUAUGGAGCACGAGUACCUAAACCAGGACAAGGUGAAAGAGCAGAAGAAGGACACCCCGAAUCCCGUAGAGGCGUUAAAUAAAAAGAAGGAGCGCUUAUACCGGACCGCUAGUGGUGCGGACGAGCGGCCGGAGCGCGCCGCCCUGCCGCCCCCCACCCUGCCCUCCCCCGGACAGUGCUUUGACGUCUACGUGGCGAUGGCCGCCAAUCCCUGGAAUUUUGUGGUUCAACCGAACAGUACGAGACACAUGCUACAAACUAUGAUGUCUUCAUUGCAAAUUGAAUGUCCGAAGCUAUCGCAGACAGACGCGCCCCUUAAACCGGCCAAUGGGGAGCUGUACACGGUGUAUUAUGCAAAAGAUUUAUCGUGGUACAGAGUGACAGUGGCGGGAUCUGUGUCGUCGGAGAUAGUGUCAGUGUAUUUUUGCGACUACGGCGACCUGGCGCUGUUCGAAAUCCAAGCGCUGCGUCCGGUGCCUCCUACCGUGCCGCUAGCCCGCACGUUGCCCCCGCAGGCCAUCAAGGCGCGUCUCUACGACGUAUUGCCACUACACCAAGACUGGGCAGUAGAAGAUUGCAUUAGAUUUCAGGAACUGUGCGUAGAUCAGCAAUACGUAGGUAUCUGCAAAGAUGUAGGCAAAGAUCCAUUAAACACAAACGAGCCCUUGUUAACUUUAGAACUUAUUGAUACGUCCACUGAUGAGGAUGUUUAUUUAAACAAACAAUUAGUGUCCGAAGGAAGGGCUAGACUGGCGUCAGCAACCUAGUUGUGAAUGUUCCUAGUGCUAAUAACAUUAUUAACCGAAAAUUUCAGAAUGUAACUUUCAGUCAAUUGCAUGAUUUGAACGUACUUAACAAGUAUUAAAAACAAACUUUCUUUUGCACAAAAAUUAUAUUAAAAUAACCAUAGUUUUGCACAAUUCAUCAAUCCUGUUACAUUCUGUUAUAAAAAUGGUUGUUGUGUUGUUUAUUGCUGUUGUGUUUUAUAUAAACGAAAGACUUUGUGAUAUAAUCUGAUAUUUAAUAUUUUUUAAUAAUUUUGUACAUGACAUUGAUCUUUAUUUAAAACGAGACAAUUGCAUUCAUGCUGUACUGAGUUAACAACAUUAUAAAAAAUUUAAUUUUGUCGACCCCAAAAUUUCAAUAUUGUACUCGUAGUCUAGAACAGACGUAAAGGCGAUAUAUCAAGAUUGUUUUUGCUCAAAUAUAAAAUGUGGAUACAGAUGAAUCUGAUGUCGAAAUUGAAUACAAUAUUUUCAACAGAUUUUAUCGUAGAUGUAGAUAUAUUUGUUACAUUCGUUUGAUUACAUUCCGUGAUUAAGAUAAUGCCAUUAAUAAUGAAGUAUCAUCUCGGUUGGUAUUUUUUAACUACGAUAAAACUGUUUAGAGAAUUGUAUUAACUGCCUUUUAUAUAAGCAAUACUUAGUUGUAGGGAUUUUCAAUUGAGAGCAUUUUUGUUAUAUGUUACCAAAAACUGCUGAUAAAGUGGGAUUAAAAAUAUUAUCUAUCUUAAUCGUCAAAUUUUAAUCAAAACAUAAUUUUUCAGUACUUUUAAUAUUAUAGCUACAUAUAAGGCAACAUACUCGCCCAUAAUAACCAUUAAAAACUUGUCUUUUGUUAGGGAAAUUUUAUCAUAAACAAUAUCUUGUCGGACUUCUUCCAAAAAAGGUAAACGGGUACCUUUUUUGAAAGAUGACGUCUGUUAAUGAUUUUCAUAAGUCAAAGAUUAUAAGCGAGUUAUUAAAGUAGAAAACAAACUGUUAUAAGUACUGGCACGGAUCUUGGGUGAAAGUGAAGGUCGAUUGGCGCAUCGUGCCUCCAUCGAAAUAAAUUGUUAACUAUCUA